AUGGCAGUCCUGGCCCUCUUCCCAAUUUGCAUUGUGCUUGCUGGAUUCGCUCUGAUUGUACAUCACAGUGCGGUCUAUCUCUGGGAUGCGAAACGACUUCGCAAGUAUCCUACCUUGAAUCCUCUCUGCGGUGUCACCAAUCUGGGGUACAUCCUCCAGCUUUGGCGGUCAGACAAGUUUCGAACUAGAUCAAUUACUCAAGCUCAUCGCGAGAACAGUGUGAUCCGAAUUGGCCCGAGUGCCUUGUCCUUCUCAGAUGUUGGCGCAAUACAAGAUAUCUAUGGACACAGCACGACAUGUCUAAAGGGCGACAUGUACUCUACACCGGCCGGCCCUCACCGCAACAUCCUUGACUCCGUGGACAAGCAAGAGCAUAGCCAGAAGAGGAAGCGAUUGUCGGCUGCGUUCGCGACCAAGCAUCUCGAAGAGUGGGAACAUAAGAUUGUCGACAAAUGUAAUCGUUUGAUUGCCCGGUUCGAUCAGCACUGUACAUCUAGUAUGAACGCGAAGAGAGGAGUGAAAGAAGACACAAUCGAUCUCCGAAAAUGGUUCAAUCUGUUUACUGUUGAAGCCAUUGCCGAUAUUGCCCUCAGCGAGCAUCUCGGCCUCCUUGAAGCUGGUACCGAUACAGUCGUGGUGUCGGACCAGACAGGAAAUCGUCGUUGUAUACAGUUCAUCCAAAGCGUCCACGGGGUUGGCCGGAUGGCGGCGCCCAUCGUGUGGUCAAGAAACGGCUAUGCAACCUUCAAGCAAGUGGCCACGCUCCUCUCGACAUCCUACGCGAAUGAGGUGAGAAACAAUUCGAACUACGAUGACAUCGUCCGCUACAUGACGCUGCGCCGGCUGCAAAGACACAACUCAGGAGAAAAAAUUGACGAUCUCUUCACGUGUCUCGUUCAAGACAAACAAGGCACAGCAACUGGCCUUCUCGUAGGAGAAAUUGCCGCAGAAGUAAGCGUUUUUAGCUCUGACACAACGGCCAUUGCCCUCACACAUGUUCUCUACUAUCUCCUCAAGAAUCCAGAUAGACUGCGCCGACUCCGCGAGGAGAUCGACAACUGCAUUGAAAGUGACACAGUAAUUCCAGCAUAUGCAGAUGUCAAAACCCUCCCUUACCUGAAAGCUUGUCUGGACGAGUCACUUCGCCUAUCACCGCCAGUAUCCUUCGGACUCGAACGUAAAACUCCCCCGGAAGGUGCUUCUAUCAACGGAGAAUGGGUGGCAGGAGAUGUUAUGGUGUCCGUGCCCGCAUACGUAGCACACCGAGAUUCUUCGAUCUUCCCCGACCCUGAGGAAUACAUUCCUGAAAGGUGGCUCACAGAAGAAUCUAAAACUGUCCAGAAAUACUUUAUCCCGUUCAGUACCGGAGCUCGAGGGUGCAUUGGACGGAACAUUUCCUAUAUUGAGCAACAUGUUCUACUUGCGGCUCUGGUAAAGCGGUAUGAAUUUGCCCUACCAUACAUGGAAUGGGAGUUGCGGUGGGAGGAGCGCUUUAACCUUUGGCCGUCAGCAAUGCCACUGAGAGUGUGGCGUAGGACGAGACAAACCUAG